AUGUCGAGCAUUGGCGUAGACCCACUUCCGGCCUCGGACUCGCAAAUCACAAGCCAGCGACCCUCGGCGCAUACCCAGCGAUACGAUCGUCAAUUGCGGCUAUGGGCGUCUUCAGGACAGUCUUCGCUAGAAAAGUCUCGUAUCCUCGUGAUUGGAGCCUCGGCAUUGUCAGCUCAAAUCCUCAAGAACUUGGUGCUUCCAGGCAUCGGCUCGUUUGUGCUGCUCGAUGAUUCUAUCGUCGAUGCUGCAGACCUCGGCGUCAACUUCUUCCUGCAGCCUGGCGAGAGCGAAGGAAAGUACGCCGCAGAGGAGAUGUGUCGUCUGCUCACAGACAUGAACACCAGUGUCGCGUCAGAAGCCAAGCUCGAGGAUCCCGCCACGUUGCUGCAAACGGAUCCAGGCUUCUUUGCCGCCUUUACACUCGUCAUCUCGGUCAACCAGUCGAGGUCCUUCGACAUGGCGCUCUCCGAUACAUUGUGGGCGCUGCAGCCUCCAUCGCCACAGAUCCCUUUGCUUCGAGUGCGUAGCGCUGGCAUGCUGGCUGAGAUGCAAAUUAGCCUCAAGGAACUUGGCAUCAUCGAAACGCAUCCCGACAGCGUACUUGAUCUGAGAAUCACACGGCCAUUCCCAGAACUACUCGAGCUAGCGCAGCAAUUUGAUCUCAACACAAGCGAUACGAUGGAGCACAGUCAUAUCCCUUUUCCCGUCAUCCUGAUCAAGAAGCUGGCCGAGUGGCGGUCAACACACGAUGGCCAGCUGCCGGCAUCCAAGGACCGCGACGCUUUCGUCAAGCUGAUCAACGCAUCUCGACUCGCGGGCAAUCUGGACGCGGAAAACUUCGAUGAGGCGGUGUCCGCCUUGGGCAAGCAUCUGUGGCGGCCGCUCGCCUCCAAGGGAGCUGGAGGAGGUGGCGUACCCGACGAGGUAGAAGCCAUGUUCGAAGAUGCUGCAUGCUCAAAUGUCACACCAGCCUCGACCAACUUUUGGAUCCUGGUUCGUGCAUUGCGCGAGUUUGUAGCGACGUCACCGACCAAGUCUCUGCCCUUGUCGGGAUCGAUACCCGACAUGAAGGCCACAUCGUCUGGCUACAUCAAGCUGCAGAACACAUACAGAAGCAAAUCUCUGCAAGAUCUGGCGCAAUUCAAGCAGCUAGUGGCGGAGACCUGCAGAGCAGCAGGUGUCCAAGGUACAAUCGCCGAUGAUGAGAUCGAGGCGUUCGUCAAACACGCCGGCUAUCUCAAAUUGAUCCGCGGUCGCAGCGAGAGGCAGAGGAGUCAAGCACCCAAUCAAGAGACCGCCAUGCUGGCGUUCAUGGAUCCCGUCAACCCGUGCACGUUUCAACAUCACAUUGCUCUUGCAGCAGCGGACGAAUUCCUAGAGCAGCACGGACGCUAUCCCGGUGUUGCGCAGGUUUCGUCCUCGUCGUCCAUCGCAGCUGUGCCGACGACUUUCGUGGACGCAAACGGAUUGGAGGCGACUACGUCAGCUGACGAUCAGCACCGUGCAGCGAAGCGACAAAAGUCGGAAACACCGACGGGCGAGCUCGACGCGAGUGUGGCGGAUGUCAAGAUGCGCGACCUGACAACGGGCCACGACACGUCCAAGGACGAAGCCGAGCUGCUAGCGUUGGCAAAGACGAUGGCCACAACCAAGUUCGGCCUCUCGGAGGACGGCGACGAGUGGGAAAGGAUCGAACAGAGUGUCGGCGAGCUGGUGCGAUCGGGUGAUGCAAGCUUGCCUCCGACGACAGCCUUGAUGGGAGGCGUGGUAGCGCAGGAGGCGAUCAAGCUGAUCACCAAGCAGUACAUUCCAGCGGACAACACGGUCAUCUACGACGGCAUCCAGCAGGCUGUCGGUACGUUUCGGCUAUAG